UAUGACAGCUGACUCUUCACUCCACUUCCUCAAUCUGUAGACUCCAGGCACCGCACGCUGCUCCUCGCUCCCGGAGCAGGAAUCCAGACGGGCCUUCAGACGAACGGCAGCGCCGGGCUGGGCGUGUGUGAGAGCUGCACCGCAGAGGCCCCCAUGGCGGCUCCGUGUCCGGCGGGCGUGAGCGGAGGUAGAGGCGGCGGAGCGGCGGCACUCCGGCGGAGAGCCCCCCCGCUGCCGCCGCUGCUGCUGCUGCUGGCGGCGCUGCUCACCUGCUGCGUCAGGUAUGCGGAGAGCGUGAAACCGAGCAACGUCGUCGUGGUGCUGGUGGACGACCAGGACGUAGCGCUGGGGGGGAUGACGCCUAUGAAGAAAACGAAAGAACUAAUAGGAGAAGCAGGAGCAACGUUUGUGAACGCUUUCACGGUCACGCCGCUGUGCUGUCCGAGCAGAAGUAGCAUUUUGACGGGCCGUUACCCCCACAACCACGAGGUGAGGAACAACUCCUUGUCUGGCAACUGCUCCAGCGUCCAGUGGCAGCAGGGACCCGAAGCCUUGGCUUUCCCCGUCUACCUCAGCAAACAGAAAUACCAGACGUUCUUCGGCGGGAAGUAUCUCAACCAGUAUGGCAGAAAAGAUGCAGGAGACGUCAGCCACGUUCCUCCUGGCUGGGAUCAGUGGAAUGCGUUGGUGGGAAACUCCCAGUACUACAACUACACGCUGUCCGUCAACGGCAAAGCAGAACAGCACGGCGACAGCUAUGAGAAGGACUACCUGACGGACCUCAUCCUGAACCGUUCGCUUAGCUUCCUGGAUGACAGAAGCCCCCAGCAUCCCUUUUUCAUCAUGCUGGCGCCGCCAGCUCCUCACUCCCCGUGGACGGCAGCGCCUCAGUACCAAAAAGAGUUCAGCAACGUGCAAGCCCCCCGAGACGGCAGCUUCGACAAACCAGGGAAGGAUAAACACUGGCUGCUGCGUCAGCCUGUCAACCCCAUGCCAAACAGCUCCAUUACCUUCUUGGAUAAUGCAUACAGGAAAAGGUGGCAGGCGCUCCUGUCUGUGGACGACAUGGUGGAGAAGCUGGUGAAGAAACUGGACAGUAUAAAGGAGCUGAACAACACCUACAUCUUCUACACCUCAGACAACGGCUACCACACAGGUCAGUUCUCUCUGCCCAUUGAUAAGAGGCAACUGUAUGAGUUUGACAUCAGGAUUCCGCUCCUAGUCCGUGGACCUGGCAUCAAACCAAACCAGACGAUAAAGGCUCCAGUGCUGAAUAUCGACCUGGCUCCCACCUUCCUUGACAUUUCUGGUGUCAACCUGUCGACUGCCAACAUGGAUGGACAGUCUUUCCUCGCUCAGAUGGCUCCAUCUCUGCGGAAUGGCACAGUGCGGCCAUUUUUCCUUGUUGAAUACACAGGAGAGGGAAAUCCAACCAAGGACCCCACCUGUCCUAAACUUGGCCCUGGAGUGUCUCAAUGUUUCCCAGACUGUGUAUGUGAAGAUGCCUUCAACAACACAUACGCCUGUGUGAGGACGCUUGACGGCAAACAGGACCUGCAGUACUGCGAGUUUGCAGACAGCGAGUCUUUCGUAGAAGUCUACAACCUGACGUCAGACCCUCACCAGCUGGAGAACAUCGUGAAGAAGGUGGAUCCGGCAAUCCUGCAGGCCAUGAACCAGCGGCUCAUAAAACUGCAGUCCUGUGUCGGAGACAGCUGUCGUAACAUCAAGUAAAGAGGAGGACAACAAGGUUCCUGCCAUCCCCAAAGGACAGGGCCAUGCUCUGCGAUACAUUCAGACACGUAGACAGACGUUUUGAUUGGUUUUCAGAGAUCAGUCCUGGUUAAAUUCAGUGCAGCUGCACCAGUUUCGGUCUCCUGUCAUUGUACGUAAUAGUUACACUUAAUUUAGGAUGUUGUUGUUUCUCAGUGUUUAGAAAAGAAAACUCCUUAUUUUUUAGAUUCAUACUCAUACAGUGAGGUAGCCAGUAGGUUUGGUGCAUUCUAUUUUUACUUGAAAGUCAGAAUUCUGAGUUCAAGUAGGAAAACUCUACCGGUAAGAUCCCUUGAAGCCAGUUUUCCUUCUUAGAAAGUGGGAGGCUCCUAAGGGAACCCAGCAUGUCUGCCACGCAUUAACACACAGGUUAUGCAGUAUUAAAUGAUCUCUGUGCACUUCAGAUUGUGUCAAGAUAAAACCAGUGACACCGCGCUGUCUAAUUUUCAUUUGAGAACAUGACUAAUGGAUCUGAGUGCAUAAGAUGCAAAUAAAUACAUUGCUGUUAGGGUACCUUGCUAGUGGUAGUUGGUCGGAUCACUUUGCAAAGUAACUGGCUAUUUCUGCUGGAUUUCAGGCUUACGGCUGUAACACUGGGGAGGUUUGGUUGAUGUCCUUCCCACAUCAGACAUCUGACCUUUAAGGCAAAUGAAAUCAGCAAGCAGUUGGUAGGUUUUACUUUCAGCGACUCAACAAAUGUUUUGAUCAGGACUAUUUCUUUUUGGACGAAUCAGAAUGUCUGCUACCUUUUCGGAGCAGGGCCUGUUCAUGUUGUUGUUUUGGUCUUUUAAUGCACACUUUUUUAUCCAUGCUGCAACAUUUUGUAUCAUAAACUGCACUAUAAUGUUAAACCCUCUGAAUGCUCUUUGAUCACACCUGAGACAGAAACACCAGAAGCUGUCAGACGCUUCUCAUGGUGAUGCUAAACCAAAGGCUUGUUGGUACUGUCGCAGUUCUGGCCAUCUCUUUACUGAAUCUGAAUGAAACUUUAAGGGAUUGUUUGAUUUCUUGGGUUUGACGAGAUUUCUCCCACCCUUUGCACGAAGCAACCACCAGCAGAUGGUUGGCAUAGCGCACAAACACUUCAGUUUUCACGUUUAAACUCUAAGCCAGAUUUUCUAGAUCUACAACCUGUGCAGAGUACUGCUCUGUCUUCACUGAGGCCUUUAUGUCUACCGUUUAUGCUCUGCAGCACUUUGAGGAAAAGAACAGAACAGUUUGUUCUGAGUGGAUCUCAUGUGCCUUGGGAUGUGAAAAUUUAACUUUUUAUAUUAAAGUUUAAUGUCAGAUUUUUUUUGAUUACAUGCAAUGUUUUGUAAAAGCCCUUGGAGGUGAGGGAAGUGCCCAUGUGCUCUUGAAUGUCUUUGAUUAUAAAUAACUGGAAAGGGAAUUUUUGUACCCACUGAUAAAUGCUUCAAUCUAGUGUGCCUUUAGUUUUUGCACAGACUGGAUGCAAAAACCUGGGUGCCUUUAAAUGUGAAUGGAUUUGCACUGUGAUGAUUUGUGAUUUAAAAUAAAGAACAUUUUACCAUGA